UUACUGUGGGGGACCAGAUUCAAUGACCGCUUGAGACCCAUUCUAACACUACAUUUCUAUGAUUAACAUACUCAUGAUAACGGAAAAUGAUGACUCCUGGAUAAAGCCACUGAACAUAUGAAAUCACAACAGUCAAUAGAGAGUUAGGUCUGAUGAAACCUGCUGCUCACAUAGGUUUCACCAUCAUAUGAGUAUGCUCCUAGCACAGUAGCCCUCCAAGGUAGGGCCUGUUGUUUUGGCCACAAUGAAAUAUGACACUACUCUAAAUGGUAGACCACGAUAGCUGUGAUCUGUCACAUUUGCAGUUUGCCCCUCCACCAUCACCACCUGAUAGUGCCUGUAGCAAUACAGUACAACAUGUGAGGGUCUUCACACUCUUGGCUCAUAUUCAGCUUGCAGUCCACUCUGAUAUCCAGAUCCCGUUCCACAGUACUCCUUCCUAGGCAACCAUUUCCCAAUUUGUAUAUGUGCAGCUAACUGUUCCUUCCUAAGUGGAGUACUUUGCAUUUGUCUUUAUUGAAUCUCAUCCUAUUUACCACCAUUUCUCCAGUUGUCCAAAUCAUUUUGGCACAUGCAGUGUGGGGACCUACCCGCAUUACAGUUCACACUGCCUAGUUGCUAAUCCUCUAAGAUGGGUUCUGUAUCACCAGGAACUACAUAUUAUGCCUUGGGAUUAAAUUUGUCCACCCAAAAUUGGCAAUACUAGCACCGAAGGCUGGGCUCUGUCCCUGCUUCAGGCUGAGUGCCCUUGGCAAUGCAGCCUGGCAUGCUGUCUCUUGUGUGGAUUGCACCGCCUCUGGUGAUGCAGACCAGCAUCCAUGGACCACACCCUCCACAGAUUGCCCCGCGCCCCAGACGAGCAAUGGCAAGGUGCAUGGCUGUAGGUUUCCCAUAACUUCCUCCAGGGUUCACUUCUGCUUGCCUCUACUCCUGGGCGUAAGGCUGUCCCUCAAAACGCCUGUCUGUAAUGCCAAAGUCCUUCGAGGGAGGCUGCAUUUUUUUAAUGCAGGAAUGUGCAUCAUGGAGCCGCAAAACUGCAGCUUGUGAAAAUAGCUCACGUCGCUUUGGUCUUUGGGGGGGAAAAAAAUCAGGCGCUUGGCGUGGUCAGCCGCUCAGAGCUCGCGAGGACCUCGCCGCGCCAGGGCAGGAUGGCAGCGCGGCGCGUGUUGAAAGCAGUCUUGGUUGAUCUCAGUGGCACACUUCACAUUGAGGACUCAGCUGUGCCGGGUUCUCAGGAAGCUCUUAAAAGAUUGCGCAGUGCUCCAGUUGCCAUUAGAUUUGUAACCAAUACAACCAAAGAGAGCAAGAGAGACCUUCUGGAGAGGCUGAGAAAACUGGAAUUUGACAUAGCAGAAGAUGAGAUCUUCACAUCUCUGACUGCAGCCAGAAACCUCUUGGAGCAAAAGCAGGUCCGGCCCUUGCUGCUGGUAGAUGACAAUGCUUUGCAUGAUUUCAGAGGGAUACCUACAAAUGAUCCCAAUGCCGUGGUGAUAGGACUAGCUCCUGAACACUCGAACUAUCAGAUGAUGAAUGAAGCAUUUCGGUUGAUCCUUGAUGGUGCCCCUCUUAUAGCUAUACAUAAAGCUAGAUAUUAUAAGCGGAAAGAUGGCUUAGCUCUGGGCCCUGGACCUUUUGUUACUGGAUUGGAAUAUGCUACCGACACCAAAGCAACAGUGGUGGGGAAACCAGAGACAACCUUCUUCCUAGAAGCCUUACGGGGGAUUGGCUGCAAGCCGGAGGAGACUGUUAUGAUUGGCGAUGAUUGUAGGGAUGAUGUUGGUGGAGCCCAGAAUGCUGGCAUGUUAGGUAUUUUAGUAAAGACUGGUAAAUAUCGAGCAGCAGAUGAAGACAAAAUUAAACCAGCUCCUUACCUAACCUGUGAGAGUUUCCCACAAGCAGUAGACCAUAUCCUACAACAUCUGCUAUGAGAGAAGCAUUUAGUUUGGAGAAACUUGACUCUGUCUUGACAUUAUUGCCUCUUUCCUCCUCACAAAAUAAAACUCAAAGCACUAUGUGCAAUCAGGCCAUGAACAUGUCUCGCUGCAAAGCACUGAAAGGAAAUGAUACUAAUAUGCAACCCAGUGGCAAAGCAUUGGUAAAACUCUCCUGCUGUCCUGAAGAUGGAACACAGUGUGGAAAAGAGGUCUCAGGUAUGCAUCAGGUCAGAUGGCAGGAGGAAGGAAACCAACCAACAGAAAAAAUAAUUUGCUUUCUUGUAUUAUGCAAGGAUAUGAGGGAAGUUCACAUAGAGUCUUUGUUUUUGACUAUUUAAAAGUAACUGUUUAAAAAGUCCAUCAGAAAUGUACAAGAUAGUAACCAUCAACAAAGCAUAAUAGCCUUUUUUAGCCUAAAUGAUAUGUCUGUAUGUUUGUUUUAGUUACCAUGUGUCUUCUCUCUGCUGUGAUAUGACUAAUUUAAAUGUCGAGAUGAUACACAUUAGGAAUGACUUACAGUUUAGGGUAGUAUCAUUAUUAAUAGCCAUCCCUGCUGAUUUCUCUCCCUCAUUUCAACCAGGUAACAAUUGUUUGAAUUUUAUAUAAAAUUUGAAAAAAACAAACUAUCAGUAUUUUACAGAUGUUUUAAUUAGAUACCGUUAUUAACAGGAAUGGUGUAGAAACAAAAAUAUGGUCCUUAAUGGCUUUAUAGGUCAUGAAUUUUUGAAGUUAGACUUCAGCAGGGUCCUAUUAACUGUGCAGUUGUAAGGUUUUUUUUUUCCUUUUUAAUGCUAUGAGAAAAAUCCUUCAAAACCCAUGGGACCGCUUCAAGCUUUUAAGCACUUGGUUAAUACAGCUGUAAAAUGAAAUCUCAUUCUGUAGCAUGCAUUGUUCUUUCUGCAUGUGUGAAAUCCACCAAAAUGAACUAACUUUGUAAUGAUGGUAAAUGGCUUUCCUGGUCCAUUUGCAAGCUGUAAUAAUCAAAGUCCUUUCCAGUUGUUUUACAGUGCUCCUAUGUGUUAAAUUAUGAGACUGUAAUUGUACAUCAUUGUUGUACUCACCUUAUUGAAAAUAUAGUUGUAUUACUAAGCCA